AGGGCUCCUCUCCGCGGCGGCGCACGGCGGUCCGGCCAUCGGUGGGGCGGGGACGCGGCAGCGGUGGCGGCCGCUCCGUGUCGCCGGAGCCCCAGCGCGCAGGCCCGUCCCGGCGGUCGGCUGCCGGGCGGGGCGAGGGCGCCAUGUGGUUCAUGUACGUGCUGAGCUGGCUGUCGCUCUUCAUCCAGGUGUCCUUCAUCACGCUGGCCGUCGCGGCGGGACUCUAUUACCUGGCAGAACUGAUAGAAGAAUACACAGUGGCCACCAGCAGGAUCAUAAAAUACAUGAUCUGGUUCUCCACAGCUGUGCUGAUUGGCCUCUACGUUUUUGAGCGCUUCCCUACCUGCAUGAUUGGCGUGGGCCUCUUCACCAACCUCGUCUACUUUGGCCUCCUCCAGACCUUCCCCUUCAUCAUGCUGACCUCGCCUAACUUCAUCCUGUCGUGCGGACUAGUGGUGGUGAAUCAUUACCUAGCAUUUCAGUUUUUUGCAGAGGAAUAUUAUCCCUUCUCAGAGGUCCUGGCCUAUUUCACUUUCUGUCUGUGGAUAAUCCCAUUUGCGUUCUUUGUGUCACUGUCUGCGGGGGAGAACGUCCUGCCCUCUACCAUGCAGCCAGGAGAUGACGUGGUCUCCAAUUACUUCACCAAAGGCAAACGGGGCAAACGCUUAGGGAUCCUGGUUGUCUUCUCCUUCAUCAAAGAGGCCAUUCUACCCAGUCGUCAGAAGAUAUACUAACCCCUUUGGGGAGGGAUGUGGGGGCAAGAUCAGGAGAGUCGGGCCCCUGGGCCUCUAUUACGUAGGGACUGUGAGCCUGGAAGGUACCUUCCCCCAGCCCUGGCCUGACUUCCUUCAGCUCUCCCUGAAGACCCCAUCCCCACCUUCCUUGGGAUGCUCAGCUUGGCUCAGAUCUGACGCUGCUAGAGACUGUGACUUCAGAGGGCACCAGGGAGGGUGGCAGAGCCUGCUUAGCCAGAGGCUUCAGUCCACCUGGGCAUUUGGAAGCUGAGCUCCCUGCGGCCCUCCCCACCCCUUCCAUUCUGGGUCAGGAGGUGCAGGCUCAGUCGGGGCAGGCAGGGCAGGGGCCAUGACGCUGGAGAGCAAACAGCGAUAAGUUCUUUGGGCAGGUGGCCACAGGGCGGGGCCGUGGCUUGGCACUUCCAAGAGAAAUAGUUUUUGUUGUUGAACUGUGAUUUCUGUCCAAGUCUGAUUCUUGUUUGAAUAAAGAUUCUAGGUGGCACUGUUGCCUUAAUACCCUGAAAAUUCAUCUUCCUUUCUCACUGCUGCCCGUCUGCCCUGGACAGGCUCUUAUGCUCUAGGGGCUCCUUUUCUGGGAUGGGUCUUGCCUUCCUGGAAGGCCUGUUCCCAUGGUCCUCAUGAGCAGGGGGCAAAGGUGAAGGGCGGAGCCUGGGCAGGGGGUGGGGGUGGCAGGUGUAGGCAGCCUUUUUUAUUCCCCUCUUUUUCCUUCUAUCUCUUCUUUCCCCAAGGCUCCAUGACUGUCAAGCUAGGGACAGAGAGGGGAUAGUUUGGGACUUGGUUAGAUUUUCAGAUCAACAUCUACAAUACCUUAUUUAUUUUAUAAGUCUUCCUCUGGAGAAAAGGCGUGGUUUCUGACAGAAUUCUCUGUCAGGAUCAAGACGACACAAAGUAAAACUUGGCUUCCGGGCAACCUGGGCUAUAGCCUAUUUUUAAAAAAUGGGACUUGUAGGAGGAUCCAUUUGUCACUCUGAGAGCACACAGGGCUGGCCUUUUCUCUGUGCUCGGCUCCUGGGGAGAUGACCCCAGGCUUCUAAGAAGGCUAGGUCCCAGGCACAGACCAGCACUUGUCAACCUUGCACUCCAACUACAGUGCCUUGCAGACACCCAGCAGUGCACAUCAGAAUGGAGUCUGCACGAGAGCCGUUCCUGGCCAUGUCUUAUAUCUCAAGGUGAGGGUGGCGGGUGCGGAGGUGGACUGCACACAUGUACCUUUAAGCCCCUGGGAAGACUCCUGUGCUUGAAAAUGCUCCCUCCACAUCCUGCCUCAAGUCCCACUGUAACCCUGCAUUUCUUUGGCUUUAACACUUCCUGUUAUAACAAAACCAACCUUACUCUUUUCCUGGGAGGAGCAGCACAUUUUGGUCUUCUCCCAGUGGGAGUGAGAUUGCCAGGCCCUUUUAUCCUAUGCAGACAAGUGGGGGACAAGGUAGAGGGCACUGGGGGCCAACAUCAUCCUCACUUAUGGGCCAGCAGCUGGUCUUGCUGCCAGUUGCUGUUGAUGUCUUUGUCCCUCAUCAGACGUGGCUUUGCCCCCUGCAUCCCCUCCACUGCCCAUGCUCUCCUGGGGGUGCCAGUGGCCUUUUUGUGCUAAAUACACUGAGCCCUUUCCAUAUCUUACUGGGUCUCCACAGCAUCUGCCAGAGCUGGUUACCCCCAGCUUCUUGAAUCGCACUUCUGCGGCUUGUUCUCUUCCUACCUCUGUGGCUUCUCCACUUGCCCCAUGCACAGUGGGGUUUCUCAGGGUCCUGUUGUGGGCUCCCAAGAGGAGCCCAUCCACGCUGAUGGCUUUGACUCUUUGCCAAGGAAAUGAGAGCUGACCUCCAGCCCCAACAUCCCUCCUGGGCUUGUGAAUCACGGUUUGCUGCCUUUGGCUGCACAGACAGCUUGCAUGGCCCAGACGGCACUUGCUGUCCUCUCCUAACCUGCGUCUUUUGGGUACCUGCUGUGGUUCCAAGACCACUCAGGAGCCAGACCAGAAAUCUAUUCUCCUUUUGCCACCCCUCCCCCAUCCAACUUCUAGGAACUGUCAGGUUUGCCUUCUUAACAUCUCAGAGCCACUCCCACUGCCAUCAGCUUUCACCGGGUUAUUGUGAUAGCCUCCUGCUUCUCUGUCCUGCAGCCAGAGCUGUCUUUCUAAAAUGCAUAGUUGAUCAAGCCACUUCCUGGCCUACAACCUUCCAUGGCUCCCCACUACCUUCAGGACAAAAUCCAGACCCCUUAGCAUGGUUUUGAGACUCCUGGUAUCCUGCUUCCUCUUCCUGCCUGCUUCUCUUGUCCUCAUCGCUUGCCACCUUGCACUGAGUCCCAGCCUCCUAUAUCCAGAGAUGCCACUCUGAUUCCUCUUUCUUCUGUUCACCUGGGCAUCUUCUGCAUUCAUUGUUAAGACUUCACUUUGUCCAAGGAGCUCUGAUGGUCCCCUCCCCGUCCCUACUCCAGCCUACCACACAGAUCACUCUGGGUGUGCUUGCCUGUGUGUUGGUCUGUCUCCUCACCAGCCUGUAAGCUCCUUGAGGGCAGGGACUGUCCCUCAAUUUUUGUACCAACAGUGCCUGGCUUGGUGUCUGGCACUUAAAAAGCAUUUAAUAAAGGUUUGUUUAAUGAA